AUGGGUCUCCUUCUAAAGAAGCCCUCAGACCAGGAAGGGUCAGCAGUACCUGCGAUUGUGAUCGGAAUCUUCGUUGCCUUUGGUGGCCUUUUAUAUGGCUAUGACACAGGCACUAUCGGCGGUAUCCUAGCCAUGAAAUACUGGCGGGAGCUUUUCUCAACAGGCUAUAUCAACCCCGUUGACGGUGGAUUAGACGUAUCGCCUUCUCAGUCUGCCGAAAUUGUCUCGAUUCUAUCUGCAGGCACCUUCUUCGGCGCCUUGGCUGCGGCACCAUUUGGUGAUAUGCUGGGUCGCAGGCCGGGGUUGAUUGUCUCUACUGUCAUCUUUACCCUGGGAGUAAUUUUGCAGACCAUUGCAACCGCAAUUCCCAUGUUUGUUGCUGGCAGGUUCUUUGCUGGCUUUGGUGUAGGAACAAUCUCCGCACUAGUGCCUCUCUACCAGUCUGAAACUGCCCCAAAGUGGAUUCGGGGUACCAUCGUCGGUGCUUAUCAGCUUGCCAUCACAAUCGGGCUCCUACUAGCUUCAAUUGUCAACAAUGCAACUAAGAAUCGAGCAGAUACCGGCUCUUAUCGUAUUCCAGUUGCUGUACAAUUUGCAUGGGCUAUCAUUCUCGUAGGGGGCAUGCUUUUCCUUCCUGAAACCCCCCGGUAUCUCAUCAAGUGCGGACAGCCAGAGAAAGCUGCGGAGUCUCUUGGCAGACUCCGAAGGUUGGACGUUUCCCACGUAGCUAUUCAACAAGAACUGAACGAGAUUGAUGCAAACCUCCGAUAUGAGCUGUCGCUGGGAAAAGCAACAUACAUUGAUAGCUUUAAAGGCACCGACGGCAAGCGUCUAGCAACUGGAUGUGCGCUCACGGCUCUGGCACAAUUGGCCGGCGUCAAUUUUAUCUUCUAUUACGGCACGCAAUAUUUCUCCAACUCUGGCAUUGACAACGCAUUUGUAGUAACAUUGAUCACAAACGUUGUCAAUGUCUGCUCGUCAUUCCCCGGUCUCUACUUGGUGGAGAAGUGGGGACGUCGCCCCCUUUUGCUCUUUGGUGCCCUUGGAAUGUGUGUUUCGCAAUUGCUGGUAGCUAUUGUCGGAACAACCGCCUCCUCGACCGUCGCAAACAAGGUGCUCAUUGCAUUUGUGUGCAUUUUCAUCUUUUUCUUUGCUUGUUCCUGGGGUCCUUGCAACUGGGUCGUCACCAGCGAGCUUUUCUCCCUCAAGGUCCGCGCCAAAUCGCUCUCUCUCGCCACAGCCACCAGUUGGCUUAUGAAUUGGGCAAUUGCAUAUUCGACUCCGUACCUAGUCAAUGAUGGCCCUGGAGAGGCUGGACUGGAGUCUAGGGUCUUCUUCAUCUGGUCUGGCUUCUGCUUGAUCAGUUCCUUCUUUGUCUAUUUCUGCAUCUACGAGACCAAAGGCUUGUCACUUGAGCAGGUUGAUGAGCUUUAUGACACAGUCAAGUCUGCUCGAAAGUCUGCAAAGUUCGUGCCAAUUGAGUCAUUCCAGGAUAAGGAAAAGAACGCCCUGAAGCUCGCUGAUCCGGCCCAGGCAAUGGACAGCAAAACAACUUCUGCCCACCUUGAAGAACUUUGA